CCUUCCUUGGAUAUCGCCGUGGUCAUUGAUGAGACCAGAAGCAUAUCACCGUCUAAUUUAUUUAUCGUUCUGGAUGCUGCUAGGGAAAUGAGUGAAUUAUUUUUCAGGAGUGUUGAGGACAUCCGUUUCUCGAUCAUUUCAUUUGCUAAAGAAGCAGCUAUUCGAGUCAGGUUCAGUGACCCUCAGGAUAAGAAAAGCUUAAAAAGGAAAUUUGAAGAGAUGAAGAGUGACACGCGAACCAAACCAACACGACUCGAUAAGGCUCUGGAAAAAGUAAAUGAAGCUUUCAGCGAUCCUGGAAACCGAGUGGAUUCACCUGAUGUCAUGAUUAUUUUUACCGACGGAAAAACCCAUGGUCAUGAAACCCAACUCCAAAGGGAGAACGCAAAUCUAAUGGUGAGUACGUACAGGAUACAAAAUCUCCUGGCCGCCUUGUUGUCUCCUAGGGGAAGGUACUCCAAUAAAUUUUCGGAUAGGUGUGUGCCGCCCAGGGUCUUUUAACAAACCUGAAAAAUGAGACCCAGUUGAAAUGAAAAAAUAAAAAUUUGAUGCAAACACGCAAAUCUUCCUGAAAUGGCUUUCGUAAUGCUCCAAGGUAAAGUACAGUUUUAACAGGUGAUAUAGAAUAACGGUACCCAUUCUAUGGAUCACACCAGGAACGUAACGCCAACAAGGACAAAAAUAGCUAACCUAUUUAAGGAUGAAGACCCUCAAAAACCAUACCCUUUCGGGCGGCACACACCUAUCUAGCCCGUAUCUGGGAUUACGGCUCUCAAGGUGUUGUCCCUACGUUAUGAGAUUCCUAUAAUGCUUGCAUGAUUGAUAUACAUACACGGGUUGAAGACAGGUUGAAGACGCGCUGUAUCUCGACAAUCUCACUGGAAAAUAGGGGAAUGUGAACAGUCUAAUAAAAUAAUUCGCAAUUUUAUUCAAUUCUAUUGUAUUCUAUAUUUACUUUAGGGGCCACAUAAAAUAGAGGCUCAUCUUUAGUUUUUUUCAAUUUGCAUGAAGUAAGUUCUAAAAAUUGAAAUCAAGAGGAAUGCAAAAGAAAAUGUUGUGUAAAUAAUUAGUACCUCCAAAACACUUUAAAUCAAAUUCCUGCUCAAUCAAUAAUUAUUUUAAGUACCUCUUAGAUUACUAAUUUGCAGCCUGUACAGCGUACUUUCACUUUUAACUCUAUCUACAAUGUGACUAAAGAAUUGCGUCCGCUUUCUUUAUGACUCUGAAGACUGACAAUUUUUGGAUUUGACCCUUCACCCCCCCCCUUAUCUUUUACCACCACCACCUCCUUGACAUUUCCAACGAAAAAAUUAUUGAAUUACAUAGAUGAAAGAAGUAUAGUAAUUAGACUAAUCGACCACGUGCUGUGUUUCAGUAAUCUUAUUUUAAAUAUGAGCUACACUAUAAUCGAGCAGAUUGAAACUAGUGUUUACUUUUUUCUAGGCGAGGAAUGUAUACCGUGUGGCCAUUGGACUUGGAACUGAGGUCGACCAAGCCCUUCUCCAAAGUAUCAGUGACACCUUUCUUCUGAUCAGUAGUUAUAACGACCUACCAGGGCGAAUAAAUGACAUUUUGGAGGGUGUCUGUAGUAAGUAUCGUCAACUACAGUAUCAACUUCCAGGAGGUCUACAAAGUCCAAAAAUGUUUGACGCUAGAAUAGCUCUAGCUGACUAGUUACAAGCUGUUCUUUUCUUUUCAGUGUUGCACAGAGAAAAAAAUUAGCAGUAAUAUCUAUCAUUCUCUAUUGUUGUGAUACAUAACAUGAAAGCGGAAACGAAAUUGAAUUACACUCUUCGGAAUAAAAACGGUCUUCACUUUCACAAAUCAUUCCGAGCGACAAGAAAAAAGAUUUGACCAAUAACAUUCAAGAACAUUUUCAACAAAAACAGUUUAUGACAGUCCAGCAGAUUUUGGUCAACAGCGGAUUUUGGACAAUUUAUUUUCGUUGUUCCUUCAGUUCCCCCUGUACCAGGUGGCUAUACUGAAUGGUCUCAGUGGGAAAAAUGUUCUGUCACCUGUGGUGGAGGAGUUCAGAGUCGUUACAGAACGUGUACCAGCCCCCCUCCAUCUGAUGGUGGACUAACCUGUAUCGAACAAAACUUGGGACCAGCUGAGGAAAUACGGCAAUGUAACCAACAAAAUUGUCGUAAGUGUUACUUUUGUCCUAGAGUAACGGUUUCAUGUUACAGGAAAAUGGUUAAAAUCGUUAUUGAGUGAACUCUUUUAACUGGGGAGCUCCUAAACGGACUUAAUAAUGAAAAAAUAUAUCGUAUGGUAAUAAAGUUCCCUCCAACCACCACAGACCUGCCAGAUGACCUGUAGCUUUCGAUUACAGCCGAUCAAACAAAACGCUUGGACACGAUCCAACACCAUGGUCAAUGAGUAUAGCGUUUGAAACAGUCACUGAGUACACAGUUAAGAUAUGCAGUCUUCUAGGGUGCUUUCCCCUCAGGGAUUGGCCCCAAUGGCUAGGACUUACCCAAGACAGUAAGCCCAAGGCUUGCAACUUAACACCGACGGAAAGCCUCCUUGAAGGCAAGCCCACUAUAGCUACAACAAGCUAGGGCCAGGAACGCAUCUGAAACCGGUUGCCUGUAAAACAAUUCUGAUCAAUGUUCGAUCAAAUUUUAAAAUCCGGUCAGAAUCUGUAAAUUUGUUCUAUCAGAGUUAGUUCUAACUUUUAGUUUCUGGUGUGCACAUCUUUAUGUCAAGUUUUUCUUUUUUUUAGCUACACCAGGUGGUUACACUGAAUGGUCUCAUUGGGGGAUGUGCAGUGUAACUUGUGGUGGAGGAGUUCACAGACGUUACAGAACUUGUACCAGUCCCUCUCCUUCUGACGGUGGACCAACCUGCAUUGAACAAAACCUUGGACCCGCUGAGGAAACCCAAGAAUGUAACACAGGCAAUUGUCGUAAGUGAUACCAUUUUUUGCGAAAGACGUUUUAUAUACAUUUUCCCGCAAAAAGUGUUUGAAUUUCAUAACUUCUCUUUAUCGCGUCGUAUUGCAAAUAUAACAAUAUGUUAUACAAUUCAAGCACAGAAUUAAACGUCUUAUCUAUAAAACAAAAAUCCGUUAGAUUGUUCAGGAUCAGUUCUGUACACUUCCCUAGCAUACACAUCUUGACGCCGGUUGUACCUCUCCUUUUUAGCUAUACCAGGCGGGUAUUCUGAAUGGUCUCAAUGGGAACAAUGCAAUGUUUCUUGUGGCGGAGGAAUUCAAAGACGUUACAGAAGGUGUACAAAUCCCCCUCCAUCUGACGGUGGAUCAACCUGCAUCGAACAAAACUUGGGACCAGCUGAGGAAAUACAGCAAUGUAACAAACAAAAUUGUCGUAAGUGUCGCUCUUGCCUUAAACGAAAGGUUUUGAAUGCUUGAAUAUUAUGAAACAGGAAAAUUUUUCAAGAAGCUAACGAUGAAAGAAAGCAGGAGGUCUUUUUACAGUCUUAAUUAGCAAAAAAUAUAACGGAAUGAUAAAACCUUCCGCCCUACUAAACGACUGUCCGAUUUGAUGAUCUGCAGUCUUCGAACCUAGCUAAUCAAAUCGAAGACAUGCACAUGAUCUAUCACUACCAUGGCCGAGUCAAUGAGCAAACAGUUAAAAGCCAUUGAGUACACAGUUAAGAUAUUGCCUUCUACUAAGCCAUCCUCUUGAGGAUUGGCCCCCAAUGGCCUGGACUUACCCUAGUUAGUGAGCCUAAGGUUUGUACUAAAUUAUACCCUACAGAUUGAAAUCAAUAGGGACAAGGGUAAGGUUGGUGGUGGUGGUGGAGGAGUGAAAAUGUGAUGUCAUGCUACUAAUUUUAGUCUAUGAUGUCAUACACUAUUUCUAGAUUAUGAUCUCAACAUAUUCUGAUGACGUAAACCCCUAGGUAUUCUGACGUCACUUGCUCCUUGCCUACUGAAAACAAACUAUGACAUCACCUUAUCUUAAUGAGAUACAUGACGUCAUCUGCGUUAAUUUAUACUACUCAAAAAGUUAAUUAAAUCCACAAAAAAAGGCCAAACCGGCCCCUCCCCGACUACUCCGGACUUACCCUAGUUAGUGAGCCUAAGGUUUGUACUCAGCACUGAAGGCAUCCUUGAAGGAAAGCUACCUACAACAAAAAUAGGGCCAGGAACCAGUCUGAAGCCUGUUUCUAGUGCAACAAUUCUGGUAUUCAAUUUUUGAUCACAUUUUUUAGAAUUGCUUAAAUGUCACCUUAACAUGGUAUUUGAAUCACAUCAAAUACAUGUAAUAACUACUCACCUUAUCUUUAAAACAAAAUUUGUGUCAAUCUUGAUUUCUAUCACAGUUGGUUGUAACUUUUUGUUUCUGGUUUGCACAUUGUUAUGUCAAGUUUUUCUUCCGUUUUAGCCACACCAGGUGGUUACACUGAAUGGUCUCAUUGGGGGAUGUGCAGUGUAACUUGUGGUGGAGGAGUUCACAGACGUUACAGAACUUGUACCAGUCCUUCUCCUUCUGACGGUGGACCAACCUGCAUUGAACAAAACCUUGGACCCACUGAGGAAACCCAAGAAUGUAACACGGGCAAUUGCCGUAAGUGUUACCAUUUUUUGCGAAGGACGCUUCAUCACCACUUUACUGAAAAAAGGGUUUGAACUUCUUGCUUCUUCUUAAUGUCUUAUUGCCAGUAUAUAUGCGUUAUUGACCAAGUGUGAGGUCAAAGAUUGCUAGAUAUUGGCCAAGUUCUCAAUAAAAUUGGUCAAUAAGAUCGCAAAAAAAAGAACGAGACCAAUAUGCAGCCAUCUUGACCGAACAAGCUUGGUUACUAACGGAUUUUUUUACAGGACAAAAAAGACUUUUUCUUGCUGGAGCAACGCGGAAAAUCCCAAGCAGGCAUGAUGGACCCAUCUUGCCAGCUCGUGUAGCCAAUCAGAACGCAAGAUUCAAUUCAACUUGCUCGCUCGCGGAUUCAGCCAUACAAUAAAUCAUUAUAUUAUAAGGUUCAAGCAAAGAAUAAAUCUCCUUACCUAUAAAACCAAACUCCAUUAGAUUGUUCACAAGCAGUUCAGUACAACACUCUAGUAAACACAUCGAAAUGAAGGUUGUACCUCUCUGUUUUAGCUAUACCAGGCGGUUAUACUGAAUGGUCCCAAUGGGAACUAUGCAAUGUUACUUGUGGCGGAGGAAUUCACAGACGUUACAGAACCUGUACAAAUCCCCCUCCAUUCGGUGGCGGGCCAAGUUGUAUCAAGCAAAACCUGGGUCCAGAUGAGGAAGACCAAGAAUGCAAUAACCAGGAUUGUCGUAAGUCUGCUGCCUUUGUUCAGUAAACAAAUACAAACAUUUAUUUAUGUAUUGGGUUUUUGAGAAUGCUCAAUAGUUGGUCUCCAACAAUCAAGGCUCAUUGUAGUGGAUGAACUGUUCCUUCACCUUAGCCGUACCUGGUGGUUAUACUGAAUGGACUGAAUGGCAAGAGUGCAGUGUUACUUGCGGCAGUGGAAUUCGCAGACGUUCAAGAAAUUGUACCAAUCCUAGUCCAUCCGGUGGUGGAACAACUUGCACUGGAGGAAACUUAGGUCCAGCUGAGGAAACUCAGGAAUGUAACCUACCAGAUUGUGGUAUGCUAUUGGGUCUAUUAUAAAAAAAAUAGAUUUAUACAGAUUGGUUUUUUAUUACUCAUUCAGUAGUUACAAAUUUAGUUCCUCAGAUCAACCAAUACUACAAAUACAUUAAUUAAUUUUUUUAGGCAUAGAUGGAAACUAUACCAAUUGGUCGGAUUGGUCAAAUUGCAGCAAAGACUGCGAAGGACUCCAGGGUAGGUAUCGACUUUGUAUUCGUCCAGCUCCCGAUGGACUGGGCAAGAAUUGCAGUGGUAACGGAUCUGAAACAAAGAUUUGCGGCAACACAUGUCAAGAUGGUAAGUUGACUUAAAUAUUAAGUCUGAGAAAAGCCAUACAGUUAAACCUUGUUAAUGAGGGUGCAAAACAGAAAGGUGAUGAUUAGUUCGUGGCCUAUUUUGCUGGAGCCGGGAUUCCUAGAUUGAUCCCUCAGGAUUGUAAGCUUAAUCAAUGCAGUACUUUGCACUUUUUUAUUUGAGUGUCUGAAUGUAUUUAGCACGAAAGUGCUAAUUGGGGACACUAUUUUUACGUCUCCUAAUGGAGACGGGACCGCCAUUUUACGUGGUCAUCCGAGCCACGCGAAGGUCUAGCCGCUUGCAGUGCAAAGGAAGUACCUUCAUUUCUCAGGGGCACCCAACGGAAAAUUUUGAGAAAAAGACCUAGAAACAACAACAAAGCGUGAAUAAAGUUUUCUGAGACUAUUUUAAGCAUUUUGGGAGAUUGCUGGAAAAAAAUUAUCUGUUCCUCACUCCCAGCAAGACUGAUGGAAGAGUUCCCAGCCAGCAAACUUACAACCUGCAACCUGACUUACUGGGAAGUUUCAUAGGGAACAAUUCAGAUCUUGAGUGGCCAGUAACCCAUACAAGUAACCCGUAGCAGCUAUUCUAGACUUCAAAUCCCCUCUGACACCCUGAAUUAUCUUUUUCCCAGCAACACUUUCCUUCCAGGGACUAUUAUUUCUUCCACAUCUCCCAGCCAGCAAAAAUUUGCCUGAAGAACAGAUAUUUUGAGGAACAGAUACAUUGGGUGUCCCUGAUUUCUCAGUCAUUGUAAGACCUUGAGUAAUGGUCCGGCCACGGGAAUCGAACCCGCGACCUCCCGCUCUGCAGUCAAACGCUCUACCGACUGAGCUAAUCCUGCCACGGAUUAGCGAGUUAACUACGCGAGUUACCGACGCGAAACAACUUUUUUUUGUAUCUUAGCGGGGGUAAAUAUGAAACUGAUCAAUUUAUGGCUCGGACCAACACUCAGAAGAAAGUGAUGCCUUUGUAGUCGCAUCUGCAAACGGUUAUACUUUCUAGUCUUCUCGAAUAAGGACGAAAAACCGUAGGGCCCGUCUCAUCUAGUUCUUGUGAGAGGUAAAAGAACCCACACCACUCUUCAGAAAGAGUAGGGGACGUAGAACCUGGUGGUGUGGUCAACCUUUCCUGGUCUGGGUGUGUUAUCUGUAAGGAGAGAUGUUUAUGCAGGAUCAUUUAGGUGUAGUAAUGGCUACCUGUAAAAAGAUGUAUGUACUUAUGAAAUGUCCACAUUAUCAGAAAGACCUUAGCAAAAGGUUAAUCAAUCCGAGUAAUUGACCUUUUCUGUCAAAUAAUAAUAACAACAACUUACAUACAAUAAAGGACCGACCUAAAGUAAAAGAUAGGAAUGGAAAGUACAAAAAUUAGGGUUCGAAAUGAGGCCCUAAGUCCCAUGCAUCCCUUGUAAAAAUAACAAAAUGAGCUACAGAAGGAUAAAGGAAUCUAACAUAGCUCUAAGGACUGAGGGAAGAAGAUAAAAUCUGUUGUUGCCAAUGAUCAUCAGAACUCUGAUAGAUACUCCAUGCGCGAGGCUCAGUGUUACUGGCGAUAAAUACUAUGGGUCAGCUAUUUGAACGGAGUUUAGUCCAUGUUUAGCAAAACCGCGUUCUAAGCUAUUUGGAGUUUGCCGAACACUUUUAUGUAAACACCAUUUAUCGUUAACAGUUUCAUGAAAGCAUAUGGCGUAGACUUGAAAAUCAUUUGUCUUCUUAAAAUCCUACUGAGAAGAGAUAUGGAGGUCCAAAGAUUUCCUAAACCGCGAUCUAAGUUAUACUUUGUUUAAAUAACCAACCAGCACAUGAUCUUGAUCUGUCUAAAACGACGUUCGACUAUAAAUUUGGAUUAUAGCCCAUAUUACAGUUCAUAGUUUUUGACUGAAGCUACAGUGUUCUUUACCAUGAAGAUAAGCCUAUUUCAAGCGUUCAGACAGUCUUCUUUACCAUGAAGCUAAGCCUAUUUCAAGCGUUCAGAUUGUGGAGUAUGGCGCGGUUUUUCCUGCUCACUACUCUUUGCGUCGUCCCCACCAUCUGAACACCUUAAACAAUCUACUUAAAGGGGCUGUGUCACGGCAGUCCAGUUCAUUUUGUUGUAUUUUGCCAAUUACUCGCUCUCAAUAGCUAUGGAACUUAAAUUAAGCUAAGAAAUUACAGGUAAAUGACAAAAUCAGAGAUCCGAGGCAAACAAAUAUUUCUCCUGAGCAUUAUUUUUGAAGUUGCAAGCAGCAGGGAUCAACGUUGAAAAACUGUUACGCUGAACAGUUUUCAAAAACCCUAAUUUCAAUCCGUUUCAAUCUUCUUCAGUUUUGCCCAUCAGUGGCAUCUGUUGUUUCUUUUAUGUUAUUUUAACCUUCCUUUAAAGUUUUAAGCGGCCAUUUUUACGUUUCUCUUAAUUUAACAGGCAUUUUGUAAUUUCCUAAUUUAGCUGAAUUUCGUGACACAGCUCCUUUAAAGCUUAUUAAAUAUGUCUUAAAUAGAUUUAAAUCUUAGCGGAACAUCAGCUGAAUGAUUUUUAAUCAAUAUUUUUCGUGGCAUCAUAAAUAGUAGAACAAUUCACUCGUAAAAAAGAGGCAAAUCAAUGGGUUUUUUUUUAAUUUGCAGCAUUUCCUGGAGUGGAUCUUGGCAUCUUGAUAGAUACAUCAAGAAGCAUCGGAGAUACAUCCUUACAGCGGUUAAGGCAGAGAUUUCUUCCUCGGUUUUUCAAACGCUUUAGGAUUGGCAGGAAGAAAACGCGGGUAGCUGUUGUUACUCUUAACAGGAAGGCCAAAGUUGUACUGAACUUUAAAAGUCGCUCUUCGUUCAAAAAGGAUGCACUUAUCAGAAAUUUGCAAACGAUUCGGCUGGGGAAAAGGUUUGGCACGCGCCUAGACAAAGGAUUCAACAAAGUUCAUGACGGCCUAUUCUCCAGGAAAGGUGGCGACAGAGUGAACUACCCAGACGUGCUGGUUGUCUUUACAGACGGGAAACAAUUUCCUCCUAUUAUACCAUUCAAAGAGACCUUAGAUCAUCUCAGGGUGAGUAUUCUUACUAAGUAGUGAAUGGCGAUCAAGAAUCAUGUAUUCACUCGUACCCGAUUUUGGUAUUAUUUUGCUUAAUGAGACAAAGUAUAGAGCUUAAAUACCAUAAAAUUACAUUAGAAUCAUGAAUCACAUGUACACCAAUUUGAAAUUUUAAUUGAAUAACUGCGUGUGUAAUAGUGACAAUUUUCAUAGGUUUUCUAAGCAUAAAUAGCUGUUAGUUUAAUUAUUAACCUUCCUUUAUUUAACCCUUCUACCAAACUGAUCAAUUAUUAUUUUUCCAAAAUUAAAACCUGUCAAUAUGGUCCUUUUUUUCCAGCAAGUGAAUUUUUCCGUUGUUUGGGCCGUAUAGACCUCUGUCAUAAUGGUGGCCAAUUUAUAUAUUCUUAAAUAUGUAUGAUAAUUAGCCUAUCUGACCUUGUUUGAAUGUAAGAAUUAUUUUGUAUUCUGCACAUCAUGUAAAAGGAUGUACUAAUGGGCUGCCAUUAUGAAAGUAGUUUAUAAUUAUGUAUUGGGGAUUCACAACAGGGUUUUUUCUGAAUCCGGGAUUUUCCUUAUUUGAGGGCUGGAAUUCGAAUUCAAGAAUUAUAUUCGUUCAACUGAGGGUGAGAUUUGGGAUUAAAAGUAUGCGCAGGAUGAGAGAUGUGGGAUGCCAGAAAUAGCCAUAGGGAUUUAAGAGAAUAAGCAAAUCUGGGUCGGGAUGACGGGAUGAAACAAACACUAUUUGGGAACCUCUUUGCAAAUUACCAAAAUAACACAACUUGAAAAUACCAACUCGGAACCUUCGUUACAAUUCUCCUAUGCGCCCCGUAUUGAAAUGCGAACUUUCGUCGUAGAUUCAUCGGGCUGUACACGUGCUGUUCGUUGGAUAUGGACCUCCGAGAAAGAUAAAUUACAAGCUCCUCGAUGCAAUUGCUGCACCUGGUCAGGUCAUGACUUUAAAUGGGGAGAGAACCAUUCAAAAGCUGCGGAAGGCAGUUGAGAGUAAGGAUUUAGUUUUGAAAUCAGGGACCAACGUAGCAAAAUAGAAGUACUGGAUCCUAACUGAGGAUCUUAUCAGCUAUAAGAUUCAUUAUUAUAUGGCUGAGUCUGUUUUUGCCAUGCGAUUCGUCAAUUUGCGGUCCGUAACUUGCUAUACGGACCAACAUUUUUUAAAGAAAAUGCUCAUUUCGGAGCUCUAAGUCUCUUUACCUCGGAAAAAAAGUUUAAAUAAAAGUUGUCAACCUUGAGGACUUAGAUGUUGACUUUGGCCUUCAACAUUUUAAGCUGUGUUUAUUUGUGAACGAAGGCGAUGAAGAAACUCGUAAAGAAACUCGUAUAAAUCUUAUCGAAGUGGAUUCUAGUCAGUGUUUGAAAAUUUUAUCGUAGUACACAGUUAAGAAGACGAAAAUCGACUGGCAGAGAUUCGAGAUGUUUUGCCUAAGAGAAAAUGAGUAAUUCCUUCAACAAAUAUCGGUUUUCAAGUGCAAUUUAACGUGGAAUUCUCGAGUCAGGUAAUGAAUUUUCCUUGAAUCGCAUAAUUGAAUAAAAAUCAGAAGAAAAAAAAAGAAAACAGCAAUAAUAUUGUUUGUUUUUAUCCUGAGCGCGCGCUCCAGAAAGCAAUUUCAAAGUCAACUGUCAGAACUGUCAUUGCGUUAGCGAAUAGGAAGCAAGGUCAGUCGUACACGUUUGAACCUUCGACAACUUUUUUUGUACCUUGUGCUUGUUUUCACAUUUGUUUUCAAACUUUUUUACAUGUAAACAAGCUUCACACUAAUCUUAAGGAUAAAUAGAGGUAUUUUACUGAAUUUAGAAGCCGUUUAUGUAGAACGUCUUUUUUCAAAUUGGUCAUUUGCUCGAGAAGGAAAAUAAUUUGCACCUUUUACCUCUUCGGCGGCAAAACUGAAAGAAAUCAAGUGUCCAAGCGAAAGCACUGAAAGUUUAACAUGUUUAACGUCGCGAUUGACAUAAGGUAAGUACCUUGAAAUGUUUUAGAAAUGCUGUUCAAGUUCAGCUCUGUUUUGUACUUUUCUAAGUACCACGAUUCAGGACGAUUGCAAGCGGCGUACUCUUUUCGUGUUUUCAGGGCCAUGUCCUCUUUGAAGGUAUUUAUUUCUUCUUCUGUAUAUGGGACAAUCGACCCCGGCACUUCCUCCGUUGUCGCUUCUCCGUUUUGUUUGCUUGAACUUUGGAUUGCCAUUUUCUGGGCCGUGUUCACAGGAUUUUCUUGUUUUCUGGUUGUCGCGAGUGAAAGAGGUUUUAUGUCUCUUCGAGAAUCUGUAGUUCAGUUCAAAACAAGGAAGAACCUCCGGCUCACUUUAAAAAACGCUUUUGUUUGUUUUUAACUCUUCAAAAAGUGACAAUGAAAGGUUUUGAAAACAUUUUAAAAUGACAUUGUAGAAAACCUUUUUUGCAUGUUGAUGUGUUAGAAUUUGACGAUAGUUGUUACGUAGAUGCGAAAUAAUAUCGCUUAGCCUCGUUUUCAACUCGCAAUUCCACACUAAAUACCUCGCUUCGUUAACCAAUCAGAAUGCGAGAUUUUACUUAAUUAUGCGAUUCUAGUCAGUGUUUGAAAAUUUUAACCGAGAUCACAAUUGGAAGACGAGAAUGAACUGGCAGAAAGAGAGGCUUUCCCAAAAACAAUUAACGAGCGAAUCCUUCGACAAUGACAACAAACUUAACUUGAAAAGCUUCUUUGCCUUUUUCAGUGUUUUUAUCACAAGGACAAACGGAGGAAAGAUGGAAACGACUUCUAGACAGACACAGUGUCCGGUUUCCAAAAUACUCAGCGUUACAUUAAAGAGCUGAAACUUACAGUGCUCUUAGUUUUUACCGAAUAAACUUUUUCAACAUGGCGAAUUUGUUUUUACCUUCUCGGAAAGCCUUUGUUAGGUGCGCCAAUAAAAACUUUCUUUUUUGACGCCUGUCAAAUGACUGUCAAAUCGUGCGUCCUGCACUAGUGUUUCCGGUCCCCCAAAAAUCGAUGGAAAAAAAAUUCGGUCCGUAAUUUACAGUACGGACCGAAAACUCGGCUAAUAAGAGGUAUGUAUAAACAAUGAAAAGAAGUUAAGCUAGUUUUGCAGUUAGAAAGACAAUUAUUGCCAAUAUUUCGAAAGGAACUGCCUUUCUUCUUCAGGAUCUUAAGUCGCCUUCUAUCCAAAACAUCAAAUUUUCCCACCAAAGCUUGCGGUUGGAAGCUCUCGUAAACGACCACCUCUAGCAAGCGACCGCGACCACUUUGGGGUUGACGAUUUUAUAAUGUUUCAUUGUUUUUAACCCCUUGAAAGCGACCACUUAACGCAUGGUGCGGUCUUGUUCGCUAUAUGUACUACGCCACUCAGAGUAUACUGUCAGUGCAGAGAACAGCCAUAAUUUCUGUUUCAAAAAGUAGAUGUGUCGGAACCUUUCCUUAGAAGUUAACACACUGUGCGGCCACCUCCCUAAAGCGAUCACUAAAACCUUCGACGGGAGGCUUAACUGUACUUGUAUUCCCUCAACAGAGAUUGAUGGCCUUUACACCCCUUGGAGUGAGUGGUCGGUCUGCAGUGAUACGUGUGGCAAUGGUGUUCAGAUACGAAGCAGAAGCUGCACUGCUCCACCGCAGCGUAAUGGUGGUAUGGACUGCAGUCAUUUCGGACCGCCAGUUGAAGUCAAGCAGUGCAUUCUAGGGCAAUGCCCUAGAAUGCUACCUCUUCUUCGUAAUUUUCGUCGCAGUUUUCAGGUAAAUUCGGAAAUUUUUUUCUUCCUAUUAUUAACCUGCGAGCAAAGGUUUCUCCCUUGCAUGGAUUUUAGCAUUCACGUAGUCGUUCGUGUCGCUUGUCAGUCGCAUAGUUGGUUUGUUUGCGCCGCAACAGAAAAGCGACGCGAACCACUUUUAAAAAGCUAA